UUACAUCACAGCAUUAUAUACACCAUGCUACUAUUACAUCACAGCUUUAUAUACACAAUGUUUACUAUUACAUCACUGCAUUAUAUACACAAUGUCUUGUAUUACAUCAUAGCUUUAUAUACACCAUGUUUACUAUUACACCAUAGCUUUAUACACACAAUGUCUACUAUUACAUCACAGCUUUAUAUACACAAUGUCUACUAUUACAUCAUAGCUUUAUAUACACCAUGUUUACUAUUACAUCAUAGCUUUAUAUACACCACGCUACUAUUACAUCAUAGCUUAAUAUACACAAUGUCUACUAUUACAUCACAGCUUUAUAUACACCAAGUCUACUAUUACAUCACAGCAUUAUAUACACCAUGUUACUAUUACAUCACAGCUUUAUAUACACCAUCAUUAUAUACACCAUGUCUACUAUUACAUCAUAGCUUUAUAUACACCAUGUCUACUAUUACAUCACAGCUUUAUAUACACAAUGUCUACUAUUACAUCAUAGCUUUAUAUACACCAUGUCUACUAUUACAUCAUAGCUUUAUAUACACCAUGUUUACUAUUACAUCACAGCUUUAUAUACACCAUGUCUACUAUUACAUCAUAGCAUUAUAUACACCAUGUCUACUAUUACAUCACAGCUUUAUAUACACCAUGUCUACUAUUACAUCACAGCUUUAUAUACACCAUGUCUACUAUUACAUCACAGCAUUAUAUACACCAUGUCUACUAUUACAUCACAGCUUUAUAUACACCAUGUUUACUAUUACAUCACAGCUUUAUAUACACCAUGUCUACUAUUACAUCACAGCAUUAUAUACACCAUGUCUACUAUUACAUCACAGCAUUAUAUACACCAUGUCUACUAUUACAUCACAGCUUUAUAUACACCAUGUCUACUAUUACAUCACAGCUUUAUAUACACCAUGUCUACUAUUACAUCAUAGCUUUAUAUACACCAUGUUUACUAUUACAUCAUAG